UAUUCCAAAGAAAAGUUGUAUUUUUCCAAUUACCCAAACAAAAAUGUGUCCUAUUUGUGAAUUUUACCGGUGAUCGGUUGGCCCAAUACUAGAAACUCCCAACUGGAUUAAUUUCCCGUUACUCAUCCAGAGUGAAAGCAAAAGCUCCGUCCGGUGCCUCGUCGGAGAGAGAGAGAUAAAGUAAGAGAAAAUCUUGAAAUUGUUGUCGGAGGAAGGAAGAAGAGAAGUAUGGGUGUGGACUAUUACAAGGUUCUUCAGGUGGACCGAAAUGCCAAAGAUGAUGACCUCAAAAAAGCCUAUCGAAAACUCGCUAUGAAAUGGCAUCCUGAUAAGAACCCUAACAACAAGAAAGAAGCUGAAGCCAAAUUCAAACAAAUCUCUGAAGCCUACGAUGUUUUGAGUGAUCCACAGAAGAGAGUAGUGUAUGAUCAAUACGGAGAAGAGGGGUUGAAAGGGCAGGUGCCACCUCCAGGUGCCGGUGGAUUUUCUGGCCCUUCAGAUGGGGGUGGUCAUGGGUCGUUUCGAUUCAACCCCCGUAGUGCUGAUGAUAUAUUCUCCGAAUUCUUUGGGUUUUCCACCCCAUAUGGUGGGAUGGGAGAUAUGGGUGGACGGGCUGGUGGUCCAAGUUUCAGUAGAGGUAUGUUUGGGGAAGAUAUUUUCACUUCAUUCAGGAACGCUGCUGGCGAAGGUGCAUCUGGUAAUGCUCCACGAAAGGCCGCUCCUAUAGAGCGGGCACUUCCUUGUAGUUUGGAGGAUCUAUACAAGGGAACCACCAAGAAGAUGAAGAUAUCCAGAGAAGUUACUGAUGCUACUGGGAGACCCAGUACAACAGAGGAAAUUCUAACGAUUGAUAUCAAACCAGGAUGGAAGAAGGGGACUAAAAUAACAUUUCCAGAGAAAGGAAACGAGCAACGAGGCAUAAUUCCAUCAGACCUUGUCUUUAUAAUUGAUGAGAAGCCGCAUAGUGUCUUCAAGAGAGAUGGAAAUGACCUCGUUGUCACCCAGAAAAUCCCCUUGGUAGAGGCUCUUACUGGAUACUCUGCACAAAUAACAACCCUUGAUGGCCGGAAUCUAACUGUACCAAUUAAUUCCAUCAUUAGUCCAAAUUAUGAAGAAGUUAUCAAAGGAGAAGGUAUGCCCAUUCCGAAGGAACCUAGCAGAAAAGGCAACUUGAGAGUAAAGUUUAACAUCAAGUUCCCCAGCAAGCUUACUUCUGAGCAGAAAGCUGGCAUUAAGCGGUACUUGACAUGAUGAGUGGACAUUAGCUCCUAUAGUUUUCCAUCAAAUGCUACAUAAGCUUCACCCUGUCUCGUCUUCAUCAUGCAAAGAAAUCUGCACUUCGUUCGUUUAUUUAUUUCUUCUGCAACAUUUAAGUCUGUUAUUUCAAUAUCACUUGCCUUCUAAACCGAGCAUCCCGUGGAAUCUCUAUUUCCAUUGUUUUGUGUGGCAAUAGAGUACAAUUGGAUCCACCGCUCUCCUCUUGUGUCAAUACUAGACGUGGGUGUGCCCGUGCGGGCUUACGAGUGUAGGCCCUAUGGCAUACCUCUCUUUUUCCUGCUAUAUUAUACACUGAUUAUUGAAGCAUAAGCCAGUUGGUAACUGGUGUUUACUAAGCUUGACAGAUUAUACUUGUUUGGUUUUGAUAUCAGAAAAUAUCUAGGAACCACCACAUCUAAAGAUUAUUAUAUUUAAUUUGAAAAUUGUCUCAGUAUUCCUUAGGUUUUGUGCUUCAGAAAAAGGUUAGCUGUUUUCUCUUGUCCAUAUAAACAACCAGAACUGGAAAUGGUUGAGUAUUGUGGUGUUUGUCUCA